CCAGGCCCAGUUCAAAGGCAUUUCUUCUGCCUGUUUCCAUGAGAGAGCAGAGCAAAACCUACCUCCGCUCCCCUCCCCUCAACGCCGCCGUCACUCCUCUUGCUUGUCGCCGGCGACCAUGGCAGAUGCCGCAAGAGGAGCAACAGGGCCGCCUCCCCACGGCAGCCUCAGCCUCCCGGACGAGAUCACCAUCUGGGAGAUCCUCGUCCACCUGCCUCCCAAAUCGCUUCUCCGCUGCCGUGCCGUCUGCCGCGCCUGGUGCGGCGCCACCUCCACCCGCCGCUUCUUCCUCGCCCACCACGCCCUCCAGCCCACCCUCCCCCUCCUCUACGACUACAACUUCGUCGGCGACGAGGUCGAGUCCCUGGACAUCAUCCCCUUCGACCACGCCCUCCAGCCCGUCGCGCGGCUUCAACAAGCCUCCGACUUUCACCAUCUGGAGGCCUGCUGUGACGGCCUCCUCGUCCUCUCCUUCCGCAACAACUGGCGCUUCGCCAUCUGCAACCCUGCUACUCGUCAGUACGCUCCCCUCCCGCUGGCCUAUGGCCGUAAUGGCGAGUACUCGCUCCUGGGGAUCUACCCGCACAGCCCCACCGGCGACUACCGGCUACUGAUGUACCGGUACUCACCAUUGAUGCAUGAUGAACUGGUUGCAGAGCUCACUGUGCGGUUCGGAAGGUUUGACGAAAGUUCUUGGGUAGUGGCCGUGCCUUGGGAUGGUGACGUGCUCCUACUGGUCAAUUUUGGUGACUGGCUACUUCAGGUUGACAUUGAGGGCAAGCUGGUCGCUACUUUCCAUCGCAGAGGCCUCGGUCCUGCAAAUCUUCGGCUCAAGCAAACUCUUGUUCAACAUACCUUCUUUCCGACACUGGAGGGCUAUGUUGCAAACUCUCCGCCUUUCAUCUGACAGAUGUCAUGUCAGCUGAUGAUCUAACGGCCUAGUUGUUAGUAACUUAGUAUCCUAUGAGUCAUAAGCUGCUAUAUCAAGUUUGAGCCUGCGGCCUUCUCUGUCGAGUGUCGAUGCAUAUAAAGCUGUGAUCAGGAAGCUCUUGUAAGAAGUAUUGGUUUAAACAGAGAAGUUGGCUGAUGAUACCAAUCUGUGGUAAUACUAAGUUUGAUUGAUCAAGUUACUGCCAAAAAGUCAUUGCAAUGUUGCUGGUGCUGUGAAGAAUACUUGUCAGAAUAAUUUGGUUGCUAGGAACAUCCACUUUAUUGUUUUUUUCUGCCAACAAGACUCAGCAUACGUUGCUGUUGUUGCUGACCAGGCACCCUGUGCAUUCUAGACGCGUUUCUUUGUUCCUGCAUGCAGCAAGAAACAGGUGAUCGGGAACAAGAAAAAAUGUUUGAAGUUGAUCGCUGGAACCUACCUUGCAGCCGGUAUGUUCAAAAUUCAGACUGCAUGACGACGAACAUAUAACAACAGCAAGAUCCCACUAGCCCUGAGCAAGCAUAUCUUCAAAGCUAAGAAAUAUAUGUCGACUCCCUGACCAUGGAUCGCCUAUUUUUUGUGUAGAAAAUAGAUAUGUAGUCAAUACUGACCUGCGGCUCCGACGAUGGUCACCAGGGGGAUGAUGCAUCAGGCAGCAAUACAACAGUAAUCUGACAAGCAGAAUUCGGGCAGAGUUGGUGAUCACUGUGUGAUGAGAGUCUGGGACAGGACUGUCUCCGUCUCCGGCCAACACCAGGAAGCGCUUCUGUUGGCGGCACGUGUACAGUCGGCAUAUGCCAAUUUCUUGAACUGAAGAAUCGACUUUGCCUUUUAUCCAGGUCUUCUUUUUAUUCUUGAGUGAUUAUCUAGUUUUGUUCUAGCUGAGGAUGAAAAUGUGGCUGAUUAUCAUCUCAAUUCGGCCACUUGCUAUACUUUCACCUGAUUGUAAGAAGUGCUUGGAGGACUACCCGUCACAUUGAAUAGAAUGAUUGCAUUGUAGUCCACUUUUUUUCAGUAAAAUGUCUUGGUGCAACUCAUUCCAUCUAGUUCGGUUCUGAAAAUGCUCAGUUGUAAUUC